UUCCGUCUGUCUGUCUAUCCGUUCGUUCGUGAUGGCGGCUGUGACCUCUCCACUGCGCGCGUGCCGCGGUAUAUUGAAGGAGAUUCGGUUCAUGAAGGGUUCCGGUUACAGACACACACACGUUUAUAAAUAUGUGCUGGAUCAGUUCAGAAGAAAUCAGGUGACAGGUGCGCAGUACUGCCGCGAGCGCAUGGACGCUCUUCACACCGCGUGUACGUAUCAGUGUCUGCUGACAUCCACUCGCGUGCACCUGCAUCUGCACGAGCUGUAUCACGCGCGAGGAGAGCGAGACCCCGAGCAGAUGGCCGGACUGGUGGGACUGCGACUCCCGACUCAACCCGGAGGGAAGGGCUGGGAGACGUGAACACCAUGUGUGUGUGUUGACUGAAUUGUAGUGUAAGCUUGUGAAAAUCUAUUAAUGAAACUGACUUUCAAAUAUUAAUGUCGAGUUGUUGUUUUGUAGGAAGUUGAAUAAUAAAUGCAAAUCAAACACAGUUCCUCGGUGUCUUCAGGAGGGGUUAGUUCACCUGACCAUCUCAAUUCUGUCCUCACUGAUCAUUCAUCAUCUCUGGUGAUGUGUUUGUAAAGCUGUCUUUCUUCAGUGGAGCACAAAAGAAGAUAUUUUGAGAAAUGUCUCGGUGGUUUUGUGUUCAUACAAUGGAAGUCAAUGGGGUUCAGUGUUGUUUGAUGAUCAACAUUCUUCAAAAUAUCUUUUUAUGUUCUGAUGAAGAGAAACUCGAACAGGUUUGACGUGACGUGAGGAUGAAUAAAUUAUGACAGGUUUUUUUGAGUGAACUAUCAAUUUAACAAUAUGACAAUAAAUCUGGGUGAAAUGGGAACCAUUUGUAUUUGCUUAGAAUGAAGACAAUAAUUGACGUUGUACUGUGAGAAUCAUGUUAAUCAUGUUUAUAUUAAUGAAGCGCCGCCGGUGUCAUGAUGAAAUUAAUGCGAAUAUAUUUCAUCAUGAUGAACUGCACUGAAGAUUUACUGUCAGUAACUAAUAUUACUAG